AUGAGAUGGGGUCAUAAAGCUAAUCCGGAUAGGUGGUUCAUAAACUUACAACCUCAAUUCCAAGAGGUUGUAGACGCAAUGGAAGUGAAUGGUGAACCAGAUAUAGCUGGUAUUUUCAGCGCGGCUUUAAUGCCAUUGAAAGAUAUGAAAGAGGCAGAUAUUUUGAACCAGUAUGAAAUGAACAUGGCUGAUGGAAAUAUAACACCUGACGUUCUAGAACAUUUAUCUCAAAGAACUACACAGAACCAUAGAGAUGGUAUAUUUGGUGAAGAGUUUAGAAAGAAAGUUAGGGAGACAGAAGGAAGAGAACCUAUUGUACAUGACCUUGCAAACGAAAGUUUACAAAAUGUCAUAAAAACUUACUUUGCAGACAAUGAACCGAGAAGGGAUGAAUAUUUAAGAAAACUCAAAUGGACAGUACCAAAUGAAAUGUUAGUAUUGAAAAACAUGUUCCUUGACAAAAUAAAACCAACUACAGAAAUAAAUGACGCAAGACUGAAACAUUGGGUAAAAGCUUUCCCAUUCACAAAAGAUAUUAUUGGUAACAUGGAAAGAAAACCAGAAUGGCUACAAAAACAUAUAUUUGGAAACGAGCUUAUUCCAUAUGGACAAGCUCUGUUUGAAGAGCUUGAACCGGAAACUCAGGAAAGAGUCAUGCAAACAAUACGCGAAGACUCAAAUACAAACUAUGACAAAAUCUUUCUAGGAUAUAGGUUACCUGAGAUGGGCGACCAGAGCCCAAAGGCAAAAAGGACAUGGGAAAUUUACAACAUACUAGGUGAACAUGAGGCAAAGAUGCAACAACUUGAAGCAGAGGGCAAGUUACCAAAAGCGACACCAAAGAAGAAGAGUAGAACAAAGUGA